AGACCGGGAAUAUUUUAUCUGUAGUACAACCUACUGGUAGUACUGCGCAGAGAAGCAGUUCUAUUCGAAUUCCUCUAUUACCAUGGCGUCGUGGAUUCGAGUUCUUCUACUUCUCCUGCCUUGCCUUCUUCCGGCUUUGGUUGAGAGCAGGGUUCGACACUACAAGUUUAAUGUGGUGCAGAGAAACUUUACCAGACUAUGCUCCACCAAGCCGAUUGUAACUAUCAACGGUCGUUUCCCAGGGCCAACUCUCUAUGCCAGGGAAGGCGACAACGUCCUUGUCAAAGUCACCAACCAUGUCAAGUACAACGUUUCCAUUCAUUGGCAUGGCAUCCGGCAACUCCGGACCGGUUGGGCAGAUGGACCAGCAUACAUCACACAGUGCCCUAUUCCUCAAGGCCAAAGCUACGUAUACAACUUCACCAUCACUGGCCAAAGAGGCACACUUCUCUGGCAUGCACAUAUUCUCUGGCUAAGAUCCACAGUCCAUGGUGCUCUUGUCAUUUUGCCCAAGCGUGGUGUGCCUUAUCCUUUCCCAACACCCCACAAGGAAGUUCCUGUUGUAUUAGCUGAAUGGUGGAAAUCAGAUACUGAAGCAGUGAUCAAUGAAGCUCUCAAAGGAGGUUUAGCACCUAACGUUUCAGAUGCUCACACCAUCAACGGCCAUCCAGGCGUGGUAGCUCCAAAUUGUACCGCACAGGGCGGCUUCAAGUUGUCUGUGGAAAGCGGCAAGACCUACUUGCUCCGUAUCAUCAAUGCUGCUCUCAAUGAUGAGCUCUUCUUCAAAAUUGCCGGACAUAAGUUGACUGUAGUGGAAGUCGAUGCCACCUACGUAAAGCCCUUCAAAACUGACACCAUAGUGAUUGCCCCAGGACAAACCACGAAUGCUCUUAUCACUGCGAACCAAAACUCCGGCAAGUACUUGGUUGCCGCUUCCCCGUUCUUGGACACUCCCGGCGUUGCCUUUGACAACUUGACGGCCACUGCCACUGUGCACUAUUCGGGCACACUUUCUAGCUCACCCUUAACUGUCACAAGCCCACCUCCUCAGAAUGCUACCCAAGUUGCCAACAGUUUUAUCGACUCUCUCAGAAGCCUUAAUACAAAGACAUUUCCGGCCAAAGUGCCCUUAAAGAUUGAUCAGAACCUUUACUUCACAGUUGGGUUAGGGAUUAACCCAUGUCCUAGCUGCAAAGCCGGUAACGGAAGCCGUGCGGUGGCCAGUAUUAACAAUGUCACAUUUGUUAUGCCAACCACAGCUCUGCUUCAAGCACACUAUUUCAACAAAAGUGGGGUUUUCACCACUGAUUUUCCGGCUAACCCACCAAAUGCUUUCAACUUUUCUGGUGGUCUACCAGCAAAUUCUAGUCUGGCGACUACAACUGGGACAAAAGUUUAUAGGUUGGCUUAUAACGAGACUGUUCAACUUGUUCUGCAAGACACUGGAGUCCUAGCCCCUGAAAACCACCCAGUACAUCUGCAUGGGUUCAAUUUCUUUGCGAUUGGAAAGGGACUUGGCAAUUACAACCCCAAGAAGGAUCCUAAGAACUUCAAUCUUGUUGAUCCUGUUGAAAGGAACACAAUUGGUGUUCCAUCUGGUGGUUGGGUAGCCAUCCGAUUUAGGGCAGAUAAUCCUGGUGUUUGGUUUAUGCACUGCCAUUUGGAAGUGCACACAUCAUGGGGGCUUAAGAUGGCAUUUUUGGUGGACAAUGGCAAAGGCCCUAAUCAAUCAGUUCUACCUCCUCCAAAGGAUCUCCCAACCUGCUAAAUCUCUAUCCAAAAGAACAUCUAGUGUUGCAAGUAGAGCUUUCUAACCAGAAAGAGACUAUCUGGUGCGUGCAGAUUCAAACUGUCUAAGGCACAAAUGAUCAACAAGAAACAAAACAGAGGAUGAAUAAACAAAUACUGAUUUAUAAAUUUCAUGUAUUCAAUUUGUUGCUUGAGCAAAUGAAAAUCUUGCUCAAGAAACGUUGAAUAAAUUUUUGCUUGUUGGAAUUUCAAAAGACACAAUUUUUUUCAAUAAUUAUAUGUAAAUGAUAGUUGAAUGUGCAAGCAAUGUGUAUGAUGCUAUAUAAAGUUGUGAUGAAUUUCAAGUUCUCCAUUUAAACUCUAUUAUGAU